CCUCUCAUUCAUUUAAUUUUCUUUUAGACUUAAAUUAAACAAACAACAUAUUAAUGAACAUAUUAAUUAAUGAAGACACUGUCUAAAUAAUUGGCUUAUUUUUCAGACUGAGAGACUUCCUUCUGUGUGAAGCUCUUCUUCUACCUGUCUCUAUUUGAGCCUCAGUUAAACUGUGGUAAUGUCUAUGGUGGAACAUGUGUCUUAGUUAUGUGGAGUAAUUACAGACUUUCCAAAUGAAAGUGAUAUACAGUACGAGACACGUCAUGGUCCAAACGUUUGGAGCUGGCUGAAUGCAAAACUUUUCACAAAGCCAGUGUAAUUAUGGACUCGUGUCAGACUUUGUGGUCUCUGCACUGAUACAGGCUCAGUCCUAAAACCGUACACUUCUCAGGCCUUCACGGUUCUCAGUAGUUUUCCGCUUGAAUUACACACUCUGAUUAUUUUAUUCCGUUAUUCCUCAGGUGCUGGUCUGCAGCGUUACCGGGCCUUAGCAUCUUUAGAGUAAUUUUGGGAUAUUUUUAGAGUCAGCUUUGCAUUUGGAUUCAUGCUGGAAGUUAUAUUUGUAUUUCAUGUGCAUUAUUUCAUUCAUGUGAAUGAAGAUCAGUGCGUAACAAGGUAAAGCAGUAAAAAAAACGAGCCUGCACAGAAACACAUACAGCAUCAGCAGACAGUGCUGCACAAAGGCCUGGGCUCUCUAAUCACAUAAACAGACAGUAGAUGGAUCACACUCUGAGUCUGACUCUCAUUAAGCUUUUCAAAGAAGCAGCAUCAGGCUCAGAUCUGCAGCCCGGAAAAUCACGGCUGCAGUUAGCAGCAAACCCGCAUCAGUGACGUUCAUCUCAGAGGGCUGCUGAGGGUCACGUCCGGCCGUAAAUGUGUUUAAAUACGCCAGGCCUCAUGUGGAGCCUCCUGGAGUCAGGCUGCAGUUUUAGACAAAAUUAGAGAAGCAGAUAGAGACUUCCUGUCUCUCGCUAUAACUACAAUUACUCAUUAUAGAUGAACUACAUGGCCAAUGUGAGCUACCCCCCCGUAUGAGGUUAUGACCAUGUGCAACCGAACAUGCGAUGAAACCUUUGGUGGAAACUUCUAACUCACAGUGUAACAUUUGUUAUUUUUAUGUAAAACAAACUGCUCUGCCAAAAGCAUUCCCUCACCUGUCCAAAUCAUUUAACUCAGGUGUUCCAUCACUUCCACAGGUGUUUCAAAUCAAGCACCUCGGCAUGCUGACGGCUUCUACAAACAUUUGUGACAGAAUGGGUCGCUCUCAGGAGCUCCAGCAUGAUGCUGCCAUAAGAUGCCACCUGUGCAAAACGUCCGCUGUGAACAGGUGGUGACGUGUCAAGGCGUCGUGUGUUGUGAUGUAUAUGGCGUUAUGCUGAUCUUCCUCCUGAUGAAUAUUCCUCUCUGGAGCGCCCUCCCCUCUGCUGCAGCUUCAUAAAGGCAGUAGCCGCCGUGCAGAGUGACAGAACAGCAGGAAACUCAUCCUGUCACGACCUUUACGUCGUACUCCUACCAGACGACUCUCUGAUGCAGCCAGUGCAAAAACAAGUUUACUGAACCAUCACUAUAAAUUUCAUAUUUGUGUCGCUGAAAUCCAGAGAAGCAUGUACGCCAGGAAGUCAGAAGGAAAGGAGCUUCGCAGAGGAAGGUCUUUGGACAACAGGACCGUCUCCAGCAGCUUUGGGAGAGGGUCGACAACCAUCAUAUUCACUCUGAAAAACGAAGUCGGUGGUCUUAUAAAGGCACUGAAACUUUUCCAGGAAAAACACGUCAACCUCAUUCACAUCGAGUCCCGAAAGUCCAAACGAAGGAAUUCAGACUUUGAGAUCUUUGUGGACUGCGACACAGACCAUGAGCAGUUCAAGGAGCUCUCCGAGCUGCUCAGGAAGCACACGGACAUCGUGGAGAUCUCGCCGUUCGACGGCUCCGCUCUACCUGAGGACGAUGUGCCCGGUGUGCCGUGGUUCCCCAAGAAGAUCUCUGACUUGGACUUGUGUGCAAACAGGGUUUUGAUGUAUGGCUCUGAACUUGAUGCAGAUCAUCCGGGAUUUAAGGACAACAUAUACAGAAAACGAAGACAAUAUUUUUCUGAUUUAGCUAUAAACUACAAACACGGUGAGCCCAUCCCUCGUGUGGACUACACUGCAGAGGAGGUGCGCACCUGGGGCGUGGUGUUCAGGGAGCUCCACAAGCUGUACCCGAGCCACGCCUGCAGGGAGUACCUGAAGAACCUCCCACUGCUGACCAAGUACUGCAAAUACAGCGAAGACAACAUCCCCCAGCUGGAGGACGUCUCGCACUUCCUUAAAGAGCGCUCAGGCUUCAUCAUCAGGCCCGUUGCCGGUUACCUCUCCCCCAGAGACUUCCUGGCAGGCCUGGCCUUCAGAGUCUUCCACUGCACUCAGUAUGUCCGCCACAGCUCAGAGCCUCUGUAUACACCUGAACCAGACACAUGCCAUGAGCUGCUGGGUCACGUGCCUCUGCUCGCCGAGCCCAGCUUCGCUCAGUUCUCUCAGGAGCUCGGUUUGGCGUCGCUUGGCGCUUCAGAUGAUGAUGUAAACAAACUGGCCACAUGUUACUUCUUCACCGUGGAGUUUGGCCUCUGUAAGCAGGACGGCAGGCUGAGGGCGUACGGCGCGGGGCUCCUCUCCUCCGUCAGUGAACUCCAGCACGCUUUGUCCAGCAGCGCCAACAUCCUUCCUUUUGACCCCACGGUGACCUGCAACCAGGAGUGCAUGAUCACCACGUUUCAGCACGUUUACUAUGUGGCCGACAGUUUUGAGGAAGCCAAGAACAAAAUGAGGGAGUUUGCCAAGACCCUUCGACGUCCCUUCACGAUACGCUACGACCCCUACACUCAGAGCGUGGACGUUCUGGAGGACACCAACAACAUCAACAGCAUGGUGAAGGACAUCCGGCACGAGCUGGACAUCGUCGAAGACGCUCUGAACCGACUCAGCAAAAAACUGCAGAGCGUGUAAAGAGGUGCUGCCGAACGCAUCUCAAAGUAAAGCCGCUGACAGCUGAACACUGCUUCUAUGUCUCUGCUUCUGCUCUGAAUCUACUGCUGCUGCAACAAAACCGACACCUCCUCCUGAGGGGGGAGGGGCCUCCUGAAACAUUCGCUAGGACACAGUUAUUGUUUGUAGGCUGAGCUGUAAAAAUGCGGCACAUGUGCCGUGAUAAUCUGUCUGUAAUCAUGUGAAUUUGUGUGAUG